AGAAUCGACUGUUUUUCCCCAGUCAGCAACAUGCGAUUGUUCGGCUCACCAAGUGUUCUGGCUUUGGCUGCCCUCGUGAUUGUCUGUCUUUUGAUGUGCGAGACUGCGGAAGGCAGGAAAAAAUCAGGUUCUUCGAAAAAGAAGCCCAGCAAAUCGCGUAGUGGUAGCCGUAGUUCAUCGUCAUCCAGUUCUGUGGGAACCGGUUCAAAGUCGGGCUCGUCAAGCAGCAGGUCGGGAUCUGGUUCGAGUAGCGGAUCUUCAUCCGGUUCUGUGGGAACCGGUUCAAAGUCGGGCUCGUCAAGCAGCAGUUCGGGAUCUGGUUCGAGUAGCGGAUCGUUAUCCGGUUCUUCAGGAAGUGACUUCCAAACUGGUUCCUCGGGUAAAGUAUCCUCGUCUGGUUCUUCUGGAACCGGUUAUUAUGGAACUGGUUCACAAUGGUUUGCCAAAAAAGGGAAAUCAUCCAGUACAUCGAAAAGUGGAAGCAAGAAGAAACCCAAAUCCUCUAAGGGUGGAAGCGACCCAGAUUCGUGGGACUCGAAUCGUUCAUCAUCAAAGAAGAAGAAGAAGAAGUCCAAGAAGACCAAGAAGAAAAAAUCUAGUUUGAAAUCCCUGCUGUCCAUUUUAAAAAAGAAAGUGAAGAAGAUCAUCCCCAAAGGCAAACGUUUGUCUCCGACGGAAAAGAUCGUGGCUUGGGGCGCGGUCUCUUGGCUGGCGUCUCAGAAACUGCAGAAUACCGCCAGGUUCAUGAGUUCCAGCGGUCAACUGGGAAGACGGGUCCUGGACGGUCGGAACAAGGUUUCAACUGACCAUGAUCCUGACCGACCCCGGUUGCCAGGAGCGCUUUGAGGGUUGCCGGAAUGGCUACGUGGACAGUGGCUCGGUGGGAAGCUACUGUCAGAUGACGUCACGGGCUGAGUCAUGCUUGCGGGAG